AUGCAUCGGACUCCGUUAGCGUCGCCGCCCCUCCACUUCAAUCUCGCUUGGCUAAAGGCUUUCGCCCCCAUGGCGGACGAUCGGAUCUCAUGGCUCUGCGCUAUUGUCCUCAUCUGUACCGUGGCCAGCAUCCUCCUAGUGUUUAGGACAAGAAGACAACCAAGAACCAGCAAGUCUCUGACCACAACCCCUGUUACGACGAGUCCCUCGGAUCUUCAAAAGGGUUCCCCCUUAUCUAGAGAGAGUCCUACCGUGUCUAGCAAGCAGACUAUUGGAGCAACCGAUCAAAGACAACGCAAACCGGUUGAGCCAGACUCUAAGCCGUACUCGAGGCUCGCCAUGGGAGUCUUCUUACUUUUACCAUGCACCUUGCUGGUCUUGAUUCAUUUCCAGCUGGUAACAGCCAUUGCCGACCACUAUCGGUCUCUCGAGCAUCCUCUGCUGCAGACAAAGGACUCGACAGGCCUGCAGGAGGUAUUCCAAGUUUACCAGCCAGUAUCUCCGCCUGUCCCAAAAGACGCCGAUGGAGAUUCAAGUGCUUGUGACCUAGAAGUUUCACUUAUGGACCAUGUAUUCGGAUACAGUUACGGGCAGCCUUUCGUCGGCAACUACACGCCACCAGUCUGUGCUUUUGACACCGUCCACAUCAAUUUCACAGUUACCUCUCGAGGAAAGCAGUAUGACCGCCUCGCUCUCAUGUACCUCGGCGACGUGGAAGUGUUCCGGACCUCAACUGCAGAACCAACAACCGCCGGAAUAGUGUGGACGUAUAUCAAAGAAAUGUCGCAUUACAACUCCCUCUGGAAGCAACCGCAAUCGCUGAUUUUUGAUCUGGGAAACAUCAUAAAUGAUGUGUACACGGGCUCAUUCAAUGCCACCCUAACGGCACACUUUUCUUUGCAAAACAAAAGCACAGCAAGAACAGCCGACCUUAUUCUCCCAAUCUCAGCCAGGAAAUCCGCAUCGAACUCUGCGAGUGCGUUUUCGCUUCCGACGGAUAAUACCACAGUCAGUUACAGGAUCCCAUCCAGCGCAUCGCGAGCCGUCGUGUCCAUAUCCGCCUGUGGCCAAUCUGAGGAAGAAUUCUGGUGGUCGAAUGUUUUCUCCGAGGACAUCACGAGCUUCACAAACACCGUCGGCGAGCUUUAUGGAUACUCACCCUUCCGAGAGGUCCAACUCUAUAUCGAUGGAGUACUCGCUGGUGUGGUUUGGCCCUUCCCUGUUAUUUUCACUGGGGGUGUGGCGCCGGGAUUCUGGAGACCAAUAGUGGGCACCGACGCGUUUGAUUUGAGACAGAGUGAGAUUGACAUCUCGCCCUUUUUACCGUUAUUCCGAGAUGGUGAGGAGCAUUCGUUCGAGAUUAGAGUGUCUGGUCUAAAUAUUCUGCCGAAUGGGACUGCUGUUUUAGCAGAUACUGUGGGCUCGUACUGGGUUGUUACGGGGAAUAUAUUUCUCUACACAGAUAUAGCAGAUGAAGGUUCUGAGAAAAUUGAUCUAGACUCGGAGGCAGUGCAAAUCACAGCACCAAAUCCGACCUUCACAAUUGCACGAAGAUUAACAAAGAACGAAACCGGCGCCAACGACACACUGGAAUACUCCGUCAUCGCAGAGAGAACAUUUACCACGACUUCUUCCAAACACAACUGGUCUCAAAAGCUCAGUUUCUCUAACCACGGCCUCCUAAACCAAGAAGGAUACAGCCAAGUCAACAAACAACUCACGUCCGGAAAAUCCACAAUCACCGACCUUAACAAUCACCAAUCAAAUGAAACAACCUUCCGCUAUCCGCUCCUAGUUAACGCCACCUACGGAAUAACAGAUGACUCCCUAACAAUAGACGCAUGGAUGAAACGAGGCCUCGAGAUCGACUCGUCCGGAAGUUCAGGAUUGUCAACAUACACCCUCGCCUCCGGGCCGGGCCCCUAUCACCUCCGCACCUCCCAGUCCGGAAAAGCACGAUACGAAUCCAGCGGCGGCGGAUCCUCGUCCCGAGGAAAUACAGCCGAUGAAUACGAAAGUACCGCUAAUGGAGUCUCAUACUCGCGUUCCGUGCGCGCUGUGAAUGGCAAAGUCGUUUACGAUACUCGCCCGGUUAAUAAGGCUUCUUCGGCUUCGUUCCAGAGUGUGGGGUCGGGGCUUGGAAGGGAUAGUGUCAGGAGUAUGCUUGGUCGAGGGCCGGGGAAGAUCCGGGAUUGA